UCACAUCCCAACAUACCAAACUCUCUCUCUCUCUCUCUCUCUCUCUAUUGGUCUUGACUAGACCUUUUUCCCAUUACCUUUCCCAUUUCUCGCUACCUUUGUCUUCGGAGUUCAAACUUUCAAGCAACUCAGACACAAUGGUUAUCAGCGACCUUCCAUUUACUAAACAGAGUCAGAGUUGCUUCUGUGAUAAUUCAGUGGAAGAAAAACAGUACAUGUUGACUACUUCGGAUCUUCAUACUACAAAAGGAGGUAGAAGAAAUUCAACACUGAUUUGUGCUCCAAUAAUGGCGGAGUCGGUUGAUGAGAUGCUGGUUCAAAUGCGAAAGGCAAAUGAAGCUGGUGCUGACAUUGUUGAGAUUCGUUUAGACUACCUGAAGAACUUCAUUCCGAGACAAGAUCUCGAAAUCCUAAUCAAACGGUCUCCUUUGCCCGCUAUUGUCACUUACAGACCAGUAUGGGAGGGCGGUCAAUAUGAUGGUAAUGAAAGCAAGCGACAAGAUGCACUGCAUCUAGCCUCGGAAAUUGGUGCUGAUUAUAUUGACAUUGAGCUUAAGGUAGCUCACGAGUUCUACAAUUCCAUUCAGCUGAAGAAACCAGGAAAAGCUAAAAUCAUUGUUUCCUCGCACAAUUAUCAAAAUACUCCAUCAGUUGAGGAAAUUGCUGAACUUGUAGCAAGAAUACAGGCUACUGGAGCUGACAUAGUGAAGAUUGCAACAACUGCCUUAGAUAUUACCGACUCUGCACGCAUGUUUCAAGUACUUGUUCAUUCUCAUGUUCCAAUGAUAGGACUUGUUAUGGGUGAAAAGGGUUUAAUUUCACGCAUACUUAGCCCGAAAUUUGGAGGAUUUCUCACUUUUGGUUCACUUGAGCCCGGGGUGGUAUCAGCUCCAGGGCAACCAACUAUAAAGGAGUUGUUGGAUUUGUACAACUUCAGAGAAAUAGCAUCUGAUACCAAAGUACAUGGUGUGAUAGGAAAUCCUGUUAGUCACAGCAAAAGUCCUCAUCUUUAUAAUGCAGCAUUUAAAUCAGUUGGCUUUGAUGGAAUAUAUUUGCCUUUGUUGGUUGAUAGUGUUGAAGAUUUCCUUACAACUUACUCGUCCCCUGAUUUUGUUGGAUACAGUUAUACAACUCCUCACAAGGAAGCAGGACUUAAUUGCAGUGAUGAGGUUGAUCCAAUUGCUAAGAUAAUAGGAGCUAUUAAUUGCAUGAUUAAGAGACCAACCGAUGGAAAGUUAAUAGGCUAUAAUUUUGACUAUAUUGGAGCAAUUGCAGCAAUUGAGGAAGGCCUACGAGCAUUAAAUAGAACAGCCAACAUAUCUGGUUCUCCCUUAGCCGGUAAGUUAUUAGUGGUCAUGGGAGCUGGUGGUGCCGGAAAGUCACUUGCAUACGGUGGAAAAGAAAAGGGAGCAAGAGUAGUAGUUGCCAAUCGUACAUUAGCUAAAGCCAAGGAACUUGCAAGUAAAGUUGGAGGAAAAGCCAUAACUCUUGCAGAGUUAGAAAAUUUCCAUCCGGAGGAUGGUAUGGUUCUUGUAAACACUACAUCGGUUGGAAUGAAACCAAGAUGUCAUGCAACUCCUAUUCCAAAGAAAGCUUUGAAACACUACUCUUUGGUGUUUGAUGCCAUUUACUCUCCGAAAGAAACCAGACUUUUAAGAGAAGCACAAGAGUCCGGAGUAGCUGUUGUAUAUGGGACAGAAAUGUUAAUCAAUCAAGGAUUUGAACAGUUUGAAAAAUUCACAGGUUUGCCUGCACCAAAGCAACUGAUGAGGGAUGUCUUGGCAAGAAAUACAUAGGACAGAAGUUUAUCUUGAAUCUAUAUCGCAACUGAUUUUAUGUUUCUCAAUUGCAAUGGUAAUUCUCCAUUUUUUUGUUUUCAGAACUAUAUUUUUUGGGCAUGAAUUCCAAACUUUGUCCAUCUCUUCCCAGGCCAUCAUAUACAUUUAAUGUAUGCAACAAGGUUUCAAGUUCCAAAUAAUGUUUAGUAAAAUUUUGUACAUUGAACUCAUAAUUAAAGGUUAAACGCCAAUAGUCAUUGUCUUCUGGAUUGUCCUAAAAAAUUCUAUUAUGGUAAUUAAUAUUUAGUAAUAUGAUUGUAAUUAUUGUUAA